GGCUGGCUGUGUUUCUGACACACACUCCACCCUCAUCUGUUUCCCCACAGAUGAGCAAGGGAGACCGCAGGACAGCUGGAGAAGACAGACCCAGAACGUCGGAGCGAGAAACAGGGAGGAAGGAAGAAGAGACUCGGAACGGAGAACUGAAUAAGCGAAGGAUCGCACAAAGGAUUACAGGGAAUGGGAACGACAAGAUGACUGUCUGGGGGAGGAAAAUGAAAGCACAGUAAAGGAAUAUGAAGGAUUAUUCUUGUUCAUCCUGAGGAGCAGCAUCACAACUUUCUGUUUGACAGAUCAGAAUGGGAAACACAGACAGCCAGCACAGCAGCUUCAUCAUUCCCAGCAAGUCCCGGGCAUGCUCAUUGAAGCUGCACUCAUCCAAAGAGGAAGUCCUGUCUCCUCAUAGCUGGUGGAGGAAUACAAGAGGAUCAUCAGCUUCUAAGGCUCGUGGGUCCUCCAGAAACUGCUUGAACCAGCACAAUGGUAGCCAGCCAUACGUCUCCUACCACUAUGACUACAUCGAUGCACAGCAUCCGGGUUCACCACAGAGCAAUGACUGGGACCAUGGGUCUCUCCUGGCACAUGGGAAUUGUCAAUAUGCUCACAAUUCAGUUAGAACCUCAAACUCUGAUGUUCCUCAAAAAAAGAGCAGUCCCAAGGUGCUCUUGAGUGAGGAUGGAAGUUUGAGAGUGGAGUUCACCAAAGGGAGGAGAGGUCUGGACAACGAGCUUUGUGUUGCACCCAUGGACUCGACCUUGCGGGACAGCAAAGGUUCCUCGAUUAGUUCUGAGGAAUCCUGGUAUGAUUCUCCAUGGGGUGCUACUACAGAGCUUUGUGACAAUGUUUUCUCUGCUAACCAGCCUUCAGAUGACAGCAGCGGCUAUACUACACUGUCCUCCACCCGUACUGAGGAUAUCAGCUGCCAUCCUAUGACUAUGGAAUGCCAAGCAGAUGAGAUGUGUCAGGUGACAGAAAACAGAGCCAUUGGAUGUGAUACCUGUUCUCCUGGAUGCACAGAGGAGGACAGUGGUAUUGGAGAUACAAUUUUACUCCACAUAGAGCCGAAAAGCCUGGAAUUAAACUCUUUUGGUAACAUUUACACUAACCCAAACUCAAUCAGACCUUUUCCGACAAUUUGCAUUCUCCCUGAAGACCAGGCCCAGGAUCCUCCUGACAUCAGUACCACUACUAAGGAGAAGAGCCAAGAAAACCAACCUUUCACCUCUCUCACACUGCCUAGCAGAAAAUCAGGUAGUGGUGAUGGUAAUUCCAGAAAGGACUCUCUCAAGAGCCGGAUCCGCCGCAUUGGUGACUGGACCGGAAGCCUGAGCAGGAAAAAACGGAGGCUGCAGGAGCCCUCGGAGACCUUCAGCAGUGGUCUGGAUAGCCUGAUGGGUGACUCUAGUGUUCCGAUGGUUGGCGACCCAUGCUGGAACCUCUUGAACAACCAGACACGCUCAUCCUGCUCUCUAACAGAACCACAAACUCAACAGAACCAGAAUGUCUAUGAGAACUUUAUGCAGGAGCUGGAAAUGGGUGACGCUCUCCAUGAGUGGGAAGAGGUCGAGGGCGACCAGGCUGAGAGCAGCAGUGGGUCUAUGAACUCCUUAGAGCAGAUGGAGCUGCUGUUUGAGAAGGAACAGGGGGUGGUUCGGAGGGCUGGAAGGCUUGCUUUCAAACCACUCAUCAACCUUCAUAAAGAGCGCAAACUGGAACUGGUGGUGCGACGCAAGUGGAAGCAAUAUUGGGUCACCCUUAAAGGCUGCAUGCUCCUACUGAGUGAGGCUGAUGGAAAGAGUUGCCUGGAGCAGGAAAUGUCCCCAUGCUACAUCCUGCUUGCUGAGGACAGUAUCGUCCAGGCUAUCCCUGAACACCCAAAAAAGGAAAAUGUUUUCUGCUUGAGCAAUGCUUACGGCGAUGUCUACCUUUUUCAGGCCUCCAAUCAGACAGAUGUGGAGAACUGGGUAACAGCGAUCCACUCAGCCAGUGCCUCACACAUGGCUAAGCGUCAGGGCAAAGAGGACACAGUGCGGCUUCUGAGGAGCCAGAGCAGAGCCCUGCUGCAGAAGAUCGACAUGGACAGCAAAAUGAAGAAAAUGGCUGAGCUGCAGCUGUCUGUUAUUACUGACCAGAAGAAUAGGAAGGCUGUAGAAGGACAGAUCCAGCAGUGGGAGCAAAACCUGGAGAAGUUCAACAUGGAGCUUUUCCGCACACGCUGCUACCUGGCCAGCUUGCAGGGGUCUGAGCAGCCCAAUCCCAAGAACCUGUUAGCUGUUGCUUCACGUCAGUCGAAGAUAGCACUUGGACGUCUGGGGAUUUUCUCCGUCUCAUCUUUCCAUGCUUUAAUGUGCACCCGUGAUGAAGCCAGUCUGAGGAGGCGUUCACGCUCUCAGUCUCGAGCCUCACGGACCAAGCGAGGAAUCUUCUCCUCUCAGAAAGGCCUGGACAGCCUGAAUAGAUGCAACCGUGAAAAGAGGCAGUCUUUGUCUCAGGUAUUUGAAGGACAUUCCGGUGGAACUCUUGGCCAUCCACCAGCACAGAGCAGUUCAGAGCAGAAACUGGACGCUUUUCCCAAACCCCAUCCUACAGCGACACCUGAGGGCAGAGUGUGGGACUGCAGCGUUGAGAGCCUGCUGUGUGUGUCCAUGCCUGACAGGCAGAUCCUCACUGUUCCUGUCAAACAGGAUUUUCUCAUUGCUGAUGUCCUUUCCACAGCAUGCAAGUUGCGUCAGCUGGACUCAGCACUGUAUUAUCUGCGCACAAAGAGACGUUCUGGACCAGAUGUGGAGAUCAGCGCUCCGUCAAACUCAGAUUUACUCAGAGACCUGGUUUACGAUGAACUUGAAGUUUGCCCUCUCAACGUGUUUACUUUAACUAUUUCACGUCCAGACAGCAGCAUGGACUUUGGAUUUGCAGUGACAGGCCAUGUGGAUGGUUUGAGGAGGAGUCACAUCUAUGUGAGUGAGGUGAAUCCAGAGAGCCUGGCAUUUAAUAACGGGUUGAAAGCAGGUGAUGAGAUCCUGGCUGUGAACAAUGCCAGCGUAUCCACCCUGGACUUGGGUCUUAUACACCCCUUGUUCAGCGAACAGACUCUACGCCUUGUCCUCCGCCGUGAGGACAUUGUGUCAGACGAGCAGAGCAAUGUGUGGCCAGGGUGUGACCCCGGCGACCUGUACGAACCAGUUUCACCCUUCAGCAUACCCUUUACCUCCCAUCCACCCUCACACAACUCAUCAGAUGGCUCCCAUUUCCCAGAAAUUCCCCGAGAAGCAGCAGUACCGCUUUCAGGGGACGUCUGCGAUAAGGCAGAGCGAUGCAGAAAGAAUUCGGGGCGAGUUUGCACUCUGUCCCAGGCCUACCCCGAGGAUAAAAGCCUUAUCGUUGAUGGCUACAGGAACCCAUACUCCACUGAGAGUGGCAUUCCAAGAGGCAGCCCUCGCCACAUGACCAUCCCAGAGAGGCUGCGCAAAGUCAUCCAGGAGCUUGUGGACACUGAGAAGUCCUACGUGAAGGACCUUGGCUGUCUGUUCGAGAUCUACCUGAAACCUUUAGAGAAAGAGACUUUCCUCAGUCGUGGAGAGAUGGAGUCUCUGUUUGGCAGCCUGCCAGAGAUGCUGGACUUCCAGAGGGUGUUUCUACAGACACUGGAAGAGAAAACCAGCUCAUCACCAGACUUCAUGACUCUUCAGACAGCGGAGCAGCUCAAGAAACUGCUUUCCUUGCUGGGUGGAUCCUUUCUGUACUACGCCGACCACUUUAAGCUCUACAGCGGCUUCUGCGCCAACCAUAUCAAAGUCCAGAAAGUUCUCGAGCGAGGUAAGCACAGACAGGCGUUUAAAGAGUUCCUGGAGGAGAGGAACCCCACCAAACAGCACUCAUCUACACUGGAAUCCUACCUCAUCAAGCCUGUGCAGAGGGUCCUCAAAUAUCCACUGCUGCUCAGAGAACUUGUGUCCCUCACAGACCCUGAGAGUGAGGAGCACUGCCAUCUCACAGAUGCUUUACGGGCCAUGGAGAAGGUGGCCAGCCACAUCAACGAAAUGCAAAAGAUCUACGAAGAUUAUGGCACUGUGUUCGAUCAGCUGGUGGCUGAACAGUUCGGCACCAAGAAGGAGGUAACAGAGAUCUCAAUGGGAGAGUUUAUUGUCCAUGGCUCUGCGCUCUGGCUGAACCCCAUGACCUCACUUGGCAAGAUUAGGAAAGAGCCAGAACUCACAAUUUUCAUCUUUAAAAGAGCAGUUAUUUUAGUGUACCGAGAGAGCAGCAAGCUGAAGAAAAGAAUGACGGCGUCCCGCUCUGGAGAUCUGGACCCUUUUAAAUUCCGCUGGCUGAUUCCAGCCACCUCUCUACACCUCCGACCUGGUAACUCAGGAGGAUCUGAGAACCCUUGUCUUUGGGAAUUAGUCCACACCAAGUCAGAGGUGGAAGGAAGACCGGAGAUGGUUUUUCAGCUCUGCAGCAGAGCUCUAGAGAGCAAGGUGAACGUGGUGAAGGCUAUCCACUGUGUGCUGAGAGAAAAUGCAAAAAGAACUGCCCCACCUGAAAGGGGCUUCAGAGACAAUUUGACCUUUCCAAGGAGGAGCCACCAAGCCACAGUGAGAAGCAGAUCGUGGACUAAGAUGCUUCAAUUAGAAGAAGGCCGUCUGCUUGGUGGAGACACACAUUCAGAGCCUGGAUUUCCCAAAACUACAUGUCCGUCUGUGGGCUCAGGCGCCAGGCUGGGAUCCCUCACCAGCUCACUGGAAGCUCAGCUUCAGAGACUGAGCUUUACAGACGAAGUGCCACAGGAGGUCAAGAGCAGAAACUCUAUUCACAUGAAUAUGAUGGAGAACACUUCUGACAUAGAUGUCAGCUCCCUGCUGGUUAGGGACUACAGUGUGCAGAGUCUAAACUCUGCUGAUGAAGGCAGUUUUUAUGACACAGUCAUUGGCAUCCAGAAAGCUGCCAUUCCCACACUUUAGAGGGAUUUGUGUCUCAAUUUAGUCUGAAGGUCUGUGUGCACUAAAGCUGUUUUUAUUCAACCAGUUAUCAAAAUAUUUUUUGGACCUCUCCAGUGGAAUUUGCACAAUCGUUCACUAUAAAAUCUAGCAACAUGCGAUCCGUUUGACAAAAAGCAGUAAAAACCAUAGAACGUAGAUAGUCAAUGAUGGGAUGGUGCGGUGCCAUCAAAAUUAUAAAAUUAAUGAAUUUUACAAUAGUGGCACGUCCCAAAAUGUUUUAUUCCACUUACACCAUAGCAGAUUUUGAAGUGAGCUUGAAGUGAAAAUUCAAUGCUCCCACAUCCACAGACAUCCUACACGAUUGUGUGCCUCCAACAGUUUGAGGAAGAAUCAUAUGGCUAGAAAACUGUCAGGUGUCCCAAUAUUUCUGUCCAUUAAUAGUGUAGCUACUCACAGAUACACAUUACUAAGAAUUCAUAACUCGUUGUGCAUAGUUGCAGGUUUCUGUUAGUAAAUGUAAUGGUUAAAGGUUUUGUACAUAAACUUUCCAGUUAUGUUUUUACAUUUAAAAUAACAAUAUAAUAAAAAUCAAACGCAUAAGAUUGUUUUGUGGGUGAGGCUUUGGAUGGUAUAGCUCAGUUUACCAGAUCCAAAAUCUAAAUUCUAAAAGUGUUAUUUCAAGUAAGCUUUAAAUGAUGUAAUAAAAAGAUCUUCUUGGUAGUUAUCUCAGACUUUUGGCUGCCUAUGUGGGAACUUGCUGCCUUCGGUUCUGAACACCGCAGUCACAUAUUGCCUUCACUCUUGGAUACUUGGACCAAACGUGUGUAUCCCUGAUUGUGGAUAUGUUUGUUGUAUAUUUGUACCUCUUUUUGACAAAAGCUUUUCAAAUUUUCAUACAAGAAUAGCUUGAUUGGAUGUUUUUUAUUGGUUUUUAUUGGUUUUUUUUGUUUUUUUUUACGAACUUGAAAACUUUAAACUAAAUAUUUUCUUAAGUUAAAACAUGUCUUUGUGGUUCAUAUGAAUUUGCUGUAUUUAAAGUACAUCUGGAAAUGUCUUUUGUAGUCUUAUGUAAUUUAUUUGUAAAUUAUGAUAUAUUCACUACCUGAGCAGCUCUUUUUUGUAAAAGAUAAUAAUAAGGAAAUAAUAAGCUUAUGUUGUAAUAU